CCUAUAAGUAGGCUUUGAACAAGCCGAUUUAAUACAAACACUUCUUAUUAUUUGAUAGACAACAAAUAUAACGAGCCAAGUUCAUAAAAUUGUAUAAUGGAAAACAGCAAGGAGACGGGCAUCGGCACCGAUUCUGCGGCUUUAGACAAAGCCACGCUAAACACUGGAGACACCAUGGCACUCAAGGAUUUGCUGGAGAAGCGCCUAAUUGACUGUGGCUGGCGCAAGGAAAUUGAGCAGCUGAUACGCAACACCUUGGAGGAACGUGGAGUGGCCAAUCUUACGCAUGACCAGCUCGCCGCAAUGAUAAUUCCAAAUGCUCGCGCUCUGGUGCCCGAUGUCGUACGCAAGGAAAUGCUGCUGCGUGUGCGCGAAGCUCUGCAGUCUCCGUUGCCUCCUUCUGGCAAGAAAUGAUCGACUCCUGAUUGGGGAUCACUCAAAUUGUUCUCUAUAGUAGUCAUAGCUUAAAUUCUAUCAUUGUUAUGGUUUAUUAACUUGUAAUUAAGUAAUCGUAUAUGUACAUAUGUAUGCUUACGCCUGCUAAUGCUACUUAUGAGUUGCGCCAUUAGUUGUACAAAUAUAUGUAAUAAAUAAACAACUUAA